CAGCUCGGGAGCGAGCGCGUGUUCGUGCCCGUGCAGGUGCUGGAAUGUUGUUGACGUUGGUGCGCAACGUGAACGCGAUCGACAGAGAGGUUUGUGGACGGGGCAUUCAACCAACUGCGGUUCUCUGUGCUUGUCAGUUUCACAUCAUAUGCUGCUUCUUGACAAAAAACAGACCAGCUUUUAAGUUUGAUAAAUACGCCAGUCAGUGAAGCUGGGUUGGAAUUCGCUACCGCUUCGUUGUCUAUAUUCACUGACGUCUUUUAUAAGUGUCAGUGGUCUAAUGUUGUGAUUUGGUGGUUUAUGACUUUUUUUCUGCGCCCCACUUCCUGUCUGUGUGACAAUUCAGUGGCCUGUCUGAGCAAACUGUGGGUAUACGAAGGCACAUUUCAAGGUUGUUCUGCAGUGGGUUGAAUCACAUUGGGACUGGUAGCCCACAGAGAUGGAGGACAGCUCCUCUUUGAGCAAAAUGAGCAGCUUGUCAGACUCUGUGUCCACCGUGAACAGCGAGGAGUUUGUGCUGGUGUCUCAACAGAGCGAGGAUUCUCCCUCCAGCGGGGAGAGGAAACCACAGCUGAAGAUAGCUUCCAAUGGGAAUGAGCAACUGGAGAAAGCUAUGGAAGAGAUACUAGAAGACCAAGGCGAGAAAAAGGAAAACGAUGAAGCACAAACAGAGUCUCCCAGCCUGUCUGCCACAGAACAACAGAACCCGCCUUUCAAUCUCGUGUUAGCGUCCUCUCCUACAGAAGUCAUCCCUGCCAUCAAUUCUGGUUCAACUGCUGCUUCUGAAGAGGACAGUGUGUUGUUCAAUAAGCUCUGCUAUCUGGGGUGCAUGAUGGUUCGAGCACCGCGCAGUGAGUUGGAGGCUCUAAAAGCCAUGGCUACUUUGAGGGCUCAGACUGCCAUCUCCUUUCCUGUAACUCUGUAUGUGCCCAACGUCCCAGAGGGAUCUGUCCGAAUAAAAGAUCAAGCAUCAAACACAGAGAUUGCCUCUUUCCCCAUCUAUAAAGUGUUGUUCUGUGUACGAGGACUUGACGGCACCCCAGAAAGCGAUUGCUUUGCAUUUACUGAGAGCUAUCGCAGCAGUGAGGAUUUCCAAAUACACGUCUUCUCCUGUGAAAUCAAGGAAGCAGUCAGUCGUAUUCUGUACAGCUUUUCCACAGCUUUCCGACGCUCAUCUAAACCUACCCCAGACGUCAAAGAUACCUCCCUCCCCACCCUGGAGAGUGACGUCUUCACAUUUACUGUCUCACUGGAGGUGAAAGAGGAUGAUGGAAAAGGAAACUUUAGCCCCGUCCCGAAGGACAGAGACAAAUUCUACUUUAAACUCAGACAGGGGGUUGAAAAAAAAGUGAUGAUUACUGUCCAGCAGUUAACUAACAAUGAGCUGGGGAUUGAGAGGUGUUUUGGAAUGCUGCUCAGUCCUGGUCAGAAGGUUCGAAACGGUGACAUGCAUUUAUUGGAUAUGGAGUCCAUGGGGAAGACGUCUGACGGGAAGGCAUAUGUUAUUACUGGAACUUGGAGUCCCAAUAUGCCAGCUUUUCAGGUGCUUAAUGAAGAGACCCCAAAAGACAAGCAGGUGUACAUGACCGUGGCUGUGGACCUUGUGGUCACAGAAGUGCUGGAGCCAGUUCGCUUCCUUUUGGAGGCAAUCGUUCGGGUUUACCCAGCUAAUGAGAGGUUCUGGUACUUCAGCAGGAAAACCUUCACCGAAACCUUCCACUUGAAACUCAAACAGUCUGAUGGAAAAAGCAGCCAGAGCUCAAAUGACAUGAUCUACGAGGUAUUGAGUCUGCAGAGACAAAGUGACCUUGACAAGAUCCCCAGGAGUCCCACAGGAGGGGGCCCACUGUCCCCAACCGAGGAGGAAGAGCCGGAGGAAGACAGCGACAGUGAGAUAUCGAGCGGCACUGGGGAUGUUUCCAAAGACUGCCCAGAGAAAAUCUUGGAGUGUUGGGGAGAAUUGCUUGGCAGAUGGCACAGCAGCCUGGGUGUACGUCCCAAGGGUCUGACUGCGCUGGUGAAGAACGGGGUCCCAGAGGCUCUCCGUGCUGAGGUAUGGCAACUGCUGGCAGGCUGCCAUGAUAACCAGGCCAUGUUGGAGAAUUACAGAGUCCUCAUCACAAAGGAUUCUUCCCAGGAAGGUGUAAUAACUCGUGAUAUCCAUCGUACAUUUCCUGCACAUGAUUACUUCAAAGGUACAGGCGGAGAUGGGCAAGACUCACUGUACAAAAUCUGUAAGGCCUAUUCCGUCUACGAUAGUGAAAUUGGAUACUGUCAGGGGCAGUCGUUUCUGGCUGCGGUUCUUCUACUUCACAUGCCAGAGGAGCAAGCCUUCUGUGUGCUUGUGAAGAUCAUGUAUGAGUAUGGUCUCAGGGAGCUGUAUAGGAACAACUUUGAAGAUCUGCAUUGCAAGUUCUACCAGCUGGAGAGACUCCUACAGGAGCAGCUGCCUGACCUGUAUAACCACUUCAUGGAUCUGAACCUGGAGGCUCACAUGUACGCCUCCCAGUGGUUUCUAACCCUCUUCACAGCCAAAUUCCCUCUCUGCAUGGUCUUCCACAUCAUUGACCUCCUGCUUUGUGAGGGACUGAGCAUCAUCUUCAAUGUUGCUUUGGCUCUUCUGAAGACAUCAAAAGAGGACCUGCUCCAGGCAGAUUUCGAAGGGGCGUUGAAGUUCUUCCGUGUUCAGCUGCCUAAGCGCUACCGUGCCGAGGAGAAUGCCCGGAGACUGAUGGAGCAGGCCUGCAACAUCAAAGUGCCGACCAAGAAGCUAAAGAAAUAUGAGAAAGAAUACCAAGCCAUGCGGGAAAACCAGUUGCAACAGGAAGACCCUAUCGACAGGUACAAGAGGGAGAACCGUCGGCUCCAGGAGGCAAGCAUGCGUCUGGAACAGGAGAACGACGACCUGGCACAUGAGCUUGUCACGAGCAAGAUUGCCCUGCGCAACGACCUGGACCAGGCUGAGGACAAAGCUGAUGUGCUGAACAAGGAACUUCUCCUCACCAAGCAGAAGCUGGUGGACACAGAGGAUGAGAAGAGAAGGCAGGAAGAAGAGACGACACAGCUCAAAGAAGUGUUUCGGAGGGAGCUGGAAAAAGCAGAUUUGGAGAUCAAGAAAACUACAGCGAUCAUCGCUGAAUACAAACAGAUCUGUUCUCAACUGAGCACCAGGCUGGAGAAGCAACAGGCUGCCAGUAAAGAGGAGCUGGACAUUGUGAAGAGUAAGGUGAUGGGGUGUGAGCGCUGCAGCGAGGUGUUCAGUAAAGAGGGGACACUUCAGCUGCCCGCAGUGAGCCGAGACAACCGGGACCAGGACAUGGACGAGGAGAAGGACUCUCUGAAGAAGCAGCUGAGAGAGAUGGAGCUGGACCUGGCUCAGACCAAACUGCAGCUCGUCGAAGCCAAGUGCAAGAUCCAGGAACUCGAACACCAGAGAGGAGCCCUGUUGAAUGAGAUCCAAGUGGCCAAAAACUCCUGGUUUAAUAAAACGAUGAACUCUCUGAAAACUGCCACAGGGACCCAACCACCGCCACCACCCCCUCCACCCAAAGAGGGCAUGUAGCUAUGGGACAAUUCCAAACAAGAAGCCUUGAACAAGCUUCCCAGGCACCACGUGGCAAAUGGAAAAGAAGAUCUCAAUGCUCAUUGACACAAGGAAGACUUUCAAACACUGCAAUGCAGUAUCCCCUUUCUCAGGCAGAACUGAUUAUAUGCACACUGGUCUUUAGAUAAUUCCUGGCACAUGCAGCCUGUGUAGUUUUGUGUAAAUGCCCAAACACUCUGAACGCUCCCUUAGUUCAUGGAAGAUGUGCUAGAAAAUCUCCUCUAAGUUCUUCUGGUUUGUUAAUCACUGGAUGAACAGCAGUUAAACACUUAAAGAAGAUUUUGACUAGCAGUCUUCAAAAAAAUGUCUUUCUUUCAUUCUUUUUUUUAUAUUGAAGAUAUAAGUUGAAAUUUUGUGUCGUUGAAUUUUUUUUAUUAUUAUUAAAUUCAGCUACUACUGAGUGGUAACAAGAUGUAAUGACGAUUCGAAUGUUUCUAGAAAUUGGAUAAUGGUGUCUAUAUUGCAGAAGAAAUAUGCUAGCAGUAAACGUAGAAACAAAUAAGAACACUAAAACUGCUAGGUUUACUUUUUCUUGCUUUGAAAUGUCAAAUGAAAGCUGGUAUGGAAAUUUAAAAUAUUGAAAUAUACAAAUCCUGCUAUUCAAACAGAACUGCAUUGCCCUUUUAACCCCCUCUAGGCCAGAGUGUUCAUCCUGGUUAGGACUGCUAGGGUACCAUGCACUUUGCAUAACAAGACUGCAUGUUUUACACUAUGUUUUAAACUGGGCUACACACAGGAAACUUUGCAGGAAGAUAGGAAGAUGAUAGGAAGAACCCGAACAAGAUGCUUUAGUCUAUGGGAUUGUAGUAAAAAGUCCAUAUAUGAACAGCUUUAAGAUGAGUGUUUGCCUAGGUAGCUAGCAUUGCAUCUCCGUGAAUGUCAUAGUUGGUUCACUAUGUGAUAUGGACUUCAACAGUGCCCCCUGUUGGCAGUAUUUGCCCUCUUGUUACUGUGUGGGGAGUCAGCUUUGCAGAGACAGAAGGAAGUUAAUAUCUUAACUCUCAAAGCGACAAGAGGUGGAAAGUAUACUGAAGUAUUGUUUAUAAAUAGAGGCCAAGUCCUAGUUAGUAAUAUAUACUCCUCUGUAGCAUUUUGCUUCUGAGGUGCAGCGUUUGAUGUGGGGGCAUUGUUGUAUACAGCAUGUUGUCUUUUGUGCAGUGAAAGGGGAUACUGCAUCUACGGUUUUGGUGUUGCGCCAUGUUUGGUGCGUACCUUAACAAAUUAUAUUUGUCAUUUUACAUUAAGUUUUUUUUGUGUUUUUUUUGCCUGUUUUUUAUAUAUAAAUAUAGAUUUAAAAAUACAAUAUUGUUUAAGCAUAUGUAUAACUAAUUAUUAAUAAUUUGUAAUCUUGUACAGCUCUUAAAAAAGAGCUUUGUUAUUUUAUUAAUAUUUGCAUUUGAAUGUCAUUCAUGAAGCCUUUUUCGAGCAAUAAAGCACACUAUAUAGAAAGUUGCCAAGAGGUCUGCUAAAAAAAAAAAAAACUAAAAAAAACUUAACAGCAAAAAAAGAAACACUCACAAAAAGAAAUAUUAUUGCACUCACAAUAUGUUUUAUGUUUUUAUAUAUUUAUGUGUUUAAAAUAAGUUAAAUUAAUAAAACUCUCGUAAUGUGUUCUAAAGAAUCUGAUCCAUGUUCCUUAUUCCUAAUAACGAAAGAGAGGAAAGGAGGGUGAAUAAUUCCAGACUUUAACCCUGAUGUUUUUAGACAUGACAGAAAAGAUUUGCUUAUUGUCUUGAGAUUCUAUGGCAACCACUUAUUAGAGGUAACCAGUGUGUAUCUAGCUCAAAUCAAUCUGUUGGGCAAGUCAAUGUUUUAGCCAUUUGCAAGUCUGCUGGGCUCUUUUUAUAGUCUGUGAACUUACCAGGCAUUGGCUUUCAAAUUGGUGUCCAGAACCUUUAACUGUUACCUGACUGUUGCUUUAACAUUGGGCUUAGAAAUCGCUUUGAAAAGGUGAAUGUUUACACUAAGGAGGAGGAAUUAUCAGUACUGCACAUUAGCUAGUUCUUGUUUAUAAGCAGACUAAUCCGUUUGUUUGUUUUUUUCUUUUGAUUAAGAAAUUAAUUCCUUGCAUAUACUGUCUAGGCUUGCUUUUUAUCCUUCAAAAUAAUAAUGUAUUCAUUUUAUUUUGUAUUUGUUUUUUAGUGUUACUGGUAGAAGGUUUUUGUAUUUGUUUUUUAAGUGUUACUGGUAGAAGGUUUUUGUAUUUGUUUUUUAGCAUUACUGGUAAAGAGUUGGUUUAGAUGAAGCGUAACAGCUACAUCCUGUUAAAAGAAAAUGCUGAAUCAUAACAUGGUUAUAUUCUAAUAAUAACAUUAGACGCGUCAUAGAUUGCCAAUCUAGCCGCACAGCCAUUAUUCUGUGGUAGAUUCCCUUUUGUCUUUAGAAUGUUAAAACUCUAAUUGCAGCUUGUACAAAAAAAGCGAUAAUAAAUGUUUCGGAAGGUAUUUUUGACAUGUGCAUAACACUACAAACGUGUGCCUGUACUUUCAAUAAACCAAGCGCUACACUUAAUUUAAAUGUAGGUACACAAGACAUUGUUUCAUACAUAUACUCACACUAAAAAUGGGUUUGUAUCUUCUAAAACUGAAACACCACACAAACAUAUCAAAUAUUACUUUCUAACGCAUGUGGAUCAGUCCAUGUCAGGUCAAUCACCCUCCAAACCGAAGGUAUAAGAUUUCCUCAAGUUACAUGUCUCUGGGUCAAACGGGUUUUAUGUGAGAGGUCACCAAAUAUUUGACCGAAAAAGCUCCCAGAUCAGACAUGACAGUAAAAAACUAUUGCUGGAAAGCUGUCUUUGUGCUUUAUCCAAAUAUGGCAUUUUUUAUAUUUAACGUCAAACAGAAUUUUGACCUUUGACACUGUACUAAAAAUCAGCCUGACAUCUUGAUGGAUCAGGAGGUAGUCACUCAGUACAUUGUGUCAUUGUAGCUUCAUGGGUGAUACAGUUGGUAGGGUGUAAGUUCUUUGGGUCCCAACACUUUUUUGGUGAGGAACUUUUGUCGGUGGCCAACACGCACUAACAUCGGCUCCAGCAAACCCCUCACACGUAGCUCAGUCAGCUGCUGUUCACUUGGUAGAAGUUCAUACUGUCCACUGCUACUUGACUCUCAAGUAUCCUCAAUGAAACUCCCUAUGGAGCAAGUCAUCUGGAAAGAAGAGAAGACAGUCAGCAGUUCAUAGCUAUGAAUUCUUGAAUUCUUGAACCUGCAUCACAUUGAGUAUAUGCUCCAUUACAUAGGAGUAUAAUUCCAUUUUAUAACAGGUGUCCAUCCCAAUAGUGAAGACAUGAUGCAGCAUCAGCUCACUGCACUGUUGGUCGGCAUUAGAGGUGUCCUAUACAUGUUUGUACAGACUGCCUGAACCCUCUACCCUCUCACUCUCUAAGUUGCUUUUCCUUUCCAGUCAUUCCUAAUGAAACUACAGUGACACAAUGUAAUGAGUGAAUACCUCCUGAUCCCAUCAAGAUCCCAGGCUGAUUUUUGGUACAAACUAAGAGGAUGGUGUGAACUUCAUUUUGGUCAUCCAUGUCGGGGCUGACAGUCCAAGUGAGGUCAAAGGUCAAAAUUCUGUUUGAUGUUAAAUAUAAAAAAUGGCAUAUUUGGAUAGAGCACAAAGAGAGCUUUCCAGCAAUAGUUUACGUUUUACUGUCAUUGGUCUGAUCUGGGAGCCAUUUCAGGUCAAAUAUUUGGUGACCUCUCACAUGAAACAGGUUUGACCUAGAGACGUGAAACUUGGGCAAAUCUUAUAUCUCUAGGCACCAACAUCCCUGCCAAACAGCAUCAAAAUUGGAAGAGGUCAGGUCAGAAACCUUCCUGAAGUGAUUGAUUUGACAUGGACUGACCCAUAUUUGUACAUCAAGAGGUUUCUUUUUUCUUAAUACAUAGAAAAUGCUGCCAAAUGUUAAUCAAAAGAAGCCUUCUCAUAAAGCAAAAUAAUAAUAUGCUUGUUAUUAAAAGUGCAAUUUAUCGAGUAUUGUUACUGCAGUUUACCUUGUUAUUUUAUGCAUUGUUUUUAUGCUGUGAUAAACGCACGUAAUAAUGUUAUUUUGCUUCUGUUUUGUAAGAUUAUGCCUGUUUUGAAGUGAGCCAGUGAAGUAACUGGACUUUGCUGCAUAAAGAUACAAAUGUUAUUUUCUGUAUUUGUCCUACUUGCAUUAAUAAACGUAUAUGUUUCUCCGUG